AUGGACAGCGUCAUGUUCAAAACAGAAGAAGGAGAAGAGGAAGCGAGGAGGGGGGGGGGGUGUCUCUGUAAGGGGGGGUGGGGUGGGGGUUCGGAGCUCUACCAUCCAGCGCCUCAUCAGAGCGCCUCAUCAGAGCGCGUCAUCAGAGCGCCUCAUCAGAGCGCCUCAUCAGAGCGCGUCAUCAGAGCGCCUCAUCAGAGCGCGUCAUCAGAGCGUCUCAUCAGAGCGCCUCAUCCUAGCGCCUCAUCAGAGCGCCUCAUCAGAGCGCCUCAUCAGAGCGCCUCAUCAGAGCGCGUCAUCAGAGCAGCGCCUCAUCAGAGCACCUCAUCAGAGCGUCUCAUCAGAGCGCCUCAUCAGAGCGUCUCAUCAGAGCGUCUCAUCAGAGCGUCUCAUCAGAGCGCCUUAUCAUCUCAUCAGAGCGUCUCAUCAGAGCGUCUCAUCAGAGCGCCUCAUCAUCUCAUCAGAGCGUCUCAUCAGAGCGCCUCAUCAGAGCGCCUCAUCAGAGCGUCUCAUCAGAGCGCCUCAUCAGAGCGUCUCAUCAGAGCGCCUCAUCAUCUCAUCAGAGCGUCUCAUCAGAGCGCGUCAUCAGAGCGUCUCAUCAGAGCGUCUCAUCAGAGCGUCUCAUCAGAGCGCGACAUCAGAGCGCCUCAUCAGAGCGCCUCAUCAGAGCGUCUCAUCAGAGCGCCUCAUCAGAGCGCCUCAUCAGAGCGCCUCAUCAGAGCGCCUCAUCAGAGCGCCUCAUCAGAGCGCCUCAUCAGAGCGUCUCAUCAGAGCGUCUCAUCAGAGCGCCUCAUCAGAGCGUCUCAUCAGAGCGUCUCAUCAGAGCGCCUCAUCAGAGCGCCUCAUCAGAGCGCCUCAUCAGAGCGCCUCAUCAUCUCAUCAGAACGUCUCAUCAGAGCGUCUCAUCAGAGCGUCUCAUCAGAGUGUCUCAUCAGAGCGCCUCAUCAGAGCGUCUCAUCAGAGCGUCUCUUCAGAGCGCCUCAUCAGAGCGCCUCAUCAGAGCGCCUCAUCAGAGCGCCUCAUCAGAGCGCCUCAUCAAAGCGCCUCAUCAUCUCAUCAGAGCGUCUCAUCAGAGCGUCUCAUCAGAGCGUCUCAUCAGAGCGCGUCAUUAGAGCGUCUCAUCAGAGCGUCUCAUCAGAGCGCCUCAUCAGAGCGCCUCAUCAGAGUGUCUCAUCAGAGCGCCUCAUCAGAGCGUCUCAUCAGAGCGUCUCAUCAGAGCGCCUCAUCAGAGCGCCUCAUCAGAGCGCCUCAUCAGAGCGCCUCAUCAGAGCGCCUCAUCAAAGCGCCUCAUCAUCUCAUCAGAGCGUCUCAUCAGAGCGCGUCAUCAGAGCGCCUCAGCAUCUCAUCAGAGUGUCUCAUCAGAGCGCCUCAUCAGAGCGCCUCAUCAGAGCGUCUCCGAGUGCGCGCUAA